CUGCCCACUCCUGCCUUCCCUCUGCGCCAUGGCUCCGGGCCCACUUGCCUCGGCGCUUCUCUCGCCGUCACCUGCUGCCCUGCCCUUCCUGCUGCUGCUCUGGGCUGGGGCAUCUCGUGGCCAGCCGUGUCCCGGCCGCUGCAUCUGCCAGAACGUGGCACCCACGUUGACCAUGCUGUGCGCCAAGACUGGCUUGCUCUUUGUGCCGCCCGCCAUCGACAGGCGUGUGGUGGAGCUGAGGCUCACCGACAACUUCAUUGCGGCUGUGCGCCGCCGCGACUUUGCCAACAUGACCAGCUUGGUGCAUCUCACCCUCUCCCGGAACACCAUUGGCCAGGUGGCAGCUGGCGCCUUUGCUGACCUCCGCGCCCUCCGUGCCCUGCACCUUGACAGCAACCGUCUAGCUGAGGUACGCGGUGACCAGCUCCGAGGCCUGGGCAACCUCCGCCACCUGAUCCUUGGCAACAACCAGAUCCGCAAGGUGGAGCCAGCCGCCUUUGACGCCUUCCUGUCCACUGUGGAGGACCUGGAUCUAUCCUACAACAACCUGGAGGCCCUGCCUUGGGAAGCGGUGGGCCAGAUGGUGAACCUCAACACCCUCACACUGGACCACAAUCUCAUCGACCACAUCGCCGAGGGGACCUUCGUGCAGCUGCACAAGCUGGUGCGCCUGGAUAUGACCUCCAACCGUCUGCACAAACUCCCACCUGAUGGGCUCUUUCUGAGGUCCCAGGGUGGGGGACCCAAGCCACCCACGCCACUGACUGUCAGCUUUGGUGGAAACCCACUGCACUGCAACUGCGAGCUGCUCUGGCUGCGGCGGCUGACCCGGGAGGAUGACCUGGAGACCUGUGCCACCCCGGAGCACCUCACUGACCGCUACUUCUGGUCUAUCCCUGAGGAGGAGUUCCUGUGUGAACCCCCACUGAUCACACGGCAGGCUGGGGCCCGGGCCCUGGUGGUAGAGGGCCAGGCGGUCAGUUUGCGCUGCCGGGCAGUGGGGGACCCUGAGCCCGUGGUGCAUUGGGUGGCACCUGAUGGGCGACUGCUGGGGAACUCCAGCCGGACCCGGGUCCGGGGGGAUGGGACGCUGGAUGUGACCAUCACCACCCUGCGGGACAGUGGCACGUUCACUUGCAUUGCCUCCAAUGCGGCAGGGGAAGCCACAGCACCCGUGGAGGUGUGCGUGGUACCUUUGCCACUGAUGGCACCCCCACCUGCUGCCCCGCCACCUCUCACCGAGCCUGGAUCCUCUGACAUCGCCACACCAGGCAGAGCUGGUGCCAAUGAUUCUACUGCUGAGCGCAGGCUGGUGGCAGCGGAGCUAACCUCUAGUUCGGUGCUUAUCCGCUGGCCCGCCCAGAGGCCGGUGCCUGGCAUCCGUAUGUACCAGGUCCAGUAUAACAGCUCGGUGGAUGACUCCCUCGUCUACAGGAUGAUCCCGUCCACCAGCCAGACCUUCCUGGUGAAUGAUCUGGCCGCUGGCCGCGCCUACGACUUGUGUGUUUUGGCAGUUUAUGAUGACGGGGCCACCGCCCUGCCGGCUACGAGAGUGGUGGGCUGUGUGCAAUUCACCACUGCUGGGGAUCCUGCACCUUGCCGUCCGCUGAGGGCCCAUUUCUUGGGCGGCACCAUGAUCAUCGCCAUCGGGGGCGUCAUUGUUGCCUCAGUCCUUGUUUUCAUCGUUCUGCUCAUGAUUCGCUACAAGGUGUAUGGUGAUGGGGACAGCCGCCGAGGCAAGGGCACCUCCAGGUCGCCCCCGCGGGUCAGUCACGUGUGCUCGCAGACCAAUGGCGCAGGCGCGCAGCAGGCUCCGCAGGACCGCUACGAGGCGCUGCGCGAGGUGGCCCCCGGGCGCGAGGUGGCUGUGCCAGCUGCUGCCGGUGUCGCCGUCGAGGCCAAAACCAAGGCCACUGUAGCCGAGGCAACUUGCGUGGAACCAGAGGUGGUAUUGGGACGCUCGCUAGGCGGCUCAGCCACCUCACUGUGCCUGCUUCCCUCCGAGGAAACUUCUGGGGAGGAAUCUCAGGCUGGGACAGGGCCUCGGAGGAGCCGUUCUGGGGCGCUGGGGCCGCCAGCUUCAGCGCCCCCGACUCUAGCCCUGGUUCCAGGGGGAGCCUCAGCCCGCCCGAGGCCGCAGCAGCGCUACUCCUUCGACGGGGACUAUGGGGCGCUCUUCCAGAGUCACAGUUACCCGCGCCGCGCCCGGCGGACAAAGCGCCACCGCUCCACUCCACACCUGGACGGGGCCGGAGGGGGCGCGGCCGGGGAGGAUGGAGACCUGGGGCUGGGCUCCGCCAGGGCGCGCCUGGCCUUUACCAGCACCGAGUGGAUGCUGGAGAGUACCGUGUGAGCGGUGGGCGGGCACCGGGAUGCCUGGGACCGCGGACCCACACCCAGCUGCCCGGACCUAGGUGGACCUGGGGAGCGCGCAGAGCCCGGACGCCUGCAACAGCAGCGAACUGGAGCGCAUCGCCCCGCUCUUCUGAGAGGGGCGGGGCCUCCCAGCUAGGCCCGAGGCCACGCCCCCGCCAGGGGCUCGGGUGGGACCGUCCCUCCCCCGCCCCUCCCCCCGCGCGCUCGCGUACCUCGCUGGAGCCGGUGCCUUACACAGCGAAGCGCGGGGAGGGGCAGGGCCCCCCAACACUGCAGCACUGAGACACGAGCCUCCUCCCCCAGCCCAGGACCCGGGGCAGGGGCGAGGGGCCCAUUUCUUGUAUCUGGCUGGACUAGAUCCUAUUCUGUCCCGCGGCGGCCUCCAAAGCCCCACCACACCCCACUCACCGCCCGGGUCCCAGAGGGUCUGGCUUGGGAUCCUCUUAUCCCCUGUCUGUCUCUGUCUUGCCCUCUGUCUGUCUUAUGUCUCUGUCCUGUCCUUUGUCCCUCCUUUUCCGGCCCUCCCAGUUUGGCCCAGUCUUCCCAUCUCUCCAGAUCUCCGUUCCCUACUCUCCCGGGCAGGUCCCACAGGAAGGACCAGACUCUCCCCUAUGCCUUCCUCGUCCCCCAAUGAAUCCCCCAUGAACAGAAUCCAAAACCAAAUCUCCCUCCCUACCGGAGCUGGGACCCUCCGCCGCAGCAGAAUUAAAC